AUGGAAACAAAAUUCCAACAAAAUGAGCAACUUGCACUUUCGAAAAAACCAUUGAUCGUCAGCAGCGUAGACUCCGAUGACGAUCAGAACACUUCACAGCAGCAGCGUUACAAAAAAGGUGAGAUCGUCACGAACCCAGGCGGUAUUCGAAAAAAAUUCAAUGGUAAACAAUGGCGUCGGCUCUGCUCUAAAGAGGGCUGUAACAAGUUGGUUAACCAAGUUUUAUACCACUUGUGCCAACAAUACUAA